CUUGGGCGCUUCAUCCUGCUUGGCCGCCAUCUUGAGAGACGUUGGCCUUCUCCAACCUGUAUUCCUGAUUUAGGUUUAGAGUUGUAGUCACCCAAAAGGGUGAACCAUGGAUGACAUUAACAAGACUGAGGCUGGGAAUGAGGAGACAGGAAGAAGGGAAAAUAAUUCAUGGAUUAAACGCAACUUCAACUAUGAAUGCUAUAUGACUUUCCUUAAUGGCUGCUACAGCUGCAAGUGGGAAGCCCAACAGAAGAAAAAACCCAGACGUCCACUCUGCUGCUGUUCUUUGAGAGAGCGAUUAUUUUACCCAUGGCUGAUUAUGUCAUUUUUCUUGUCUGUAAUUUUGCUGUUUACAUGGGUGGAGACUUCAAAUGAAUACAAUGGCUUUGACUGGGUUGUUUUCCUAGGUACAAGAAUUUGGUUCUUUUGGUCCAUUGUCUUGCUGAGUGUCCUUGGGAUCCUGGCUGCCUACACAACAAUGCUGGUGGUACUUGGAUUUUUGUUGUGUUGGGAAAAAAAUGAACUAUACCUGCACUGGUAUCAUAAGAUCAUGGUUCUGAUAGUGAUUAUGUUAUGCUCGUUUUUGAUGUGGAUUCUAUUAACUUUUUGGAGAGAGAGAUGGCUCACCAUUGGGCUGUCACUGAAGGUCUUUGCUCCCUACAUACACCUGAGCAGCAUAUCUGCAAUGGUUUUGCUUUCCUGGCCUGUGGCCUUCUACUUGAUCCAUUUGGAAGGAGAAGCUAGAAUGAGAAGAUACCAGAAUACAAGUAGUGAAAGAAGAAGAAACAAGUGGUGUAAUAUGCUCACAAAGUUGAGAGUUCUACAAGUGGUUAUUGGAUUGCCCUUCCUUCUUAUCCUUUUAUGUCUCUAUGUGGUGCCAUUUGGGACUUAUUCUCCCUGUGUUCAGGAAAAGGAUAAAUUAGCACCCAAGCCGAACUUCUUUGGUCAUAGAGGUGCAGCCAUGCUGGGACCUGAGAAUACCAUAAUGUCCUUUGAGAAAGCUGUUGAACACGGGGCCGAUGGACUGGAGAGUGAUGUGCAAAUAAGCCUGGAUGAGGUGCCUUUCCUCAUGCAUGAUUAUGACCUGAGAAGAACAACCAAUAUCUUGGAAGUCAUGCCAAAUGCCUCCGACAAACACAGUAGUUUUUUUUAUUGGAAUUUCCUGUCGACUUUGAAUGCAGGCAAAUGGUUUGCAGAUUCACGGGUAAGACACAUUCCCCAGAUCAAAAAAAUCUGCAUUUACUCCCACUUGUAUGGUCAAAUGCUGCUCCUGGAGAUAAGUACACUGUGUACAGUGUAA